CACUUAUUUAGAAAAAAAAACAUUUUGUCUGUCUCUUUCCCCCCUUUUGUCAGCCUAUUUCACAAGACUGAACAAACACAGGAGCCUCAACUGAUCUAUACUCAGAUAUAGUCUAGCAUUCUUUUGGGCUGAGCCAUGGAAAAAAGAAAGUUAUCCCUGUUCUCCUAACACAAUGUGCUGCAACUACAAUAACGCUGAUGGAGCAUUAUCUGAGCAUUAAGGGAUUGGCCAGCAUGCCGGGCAAGAAUCCACACUAUGCCAUAUGUGCAAAAGGACCACCAGGCACUAAGAAUGCAUGGAGGAAUGUGGGAAUGCAAUAACAGGGUCUGAUGAAAAUGCUGUGCUUGUCCUUUCAAAUAUUUUCAAGUUCUGAUUUGCCCAUUUCUUAUCUGCAGCUGGUGGUCUUGACUGGGGACAGCCCUAAACACUACAAGUUCCUAGCUUUCUUUUAAAUAGAAUGAAUUGUUUGUGAUGGUAACAUGGGCUAGGAGUUGAUAAAGUGAGAUCAAUAUCUUAUGCUUUAUAUUUGCAGAAAAAUAAUUCAUGUUUUUUAUGUUUUAGCCUUUCAACUACUCUGUGGGAGAGAACAGUAUUAUCCCAGUGUCAGAGGGGAAAGUGUUACUGAAAUAUAGUAACUUGCACAUUGAGUUCAGAGUUGAACUCAAGUGCCAAGACCAACUACUACCACUCAUUUCAGUACACAUGCUCUGUAUAUUACUUUGUCUUGAGGCUCUGGUAGCACUUGGAAUAUUUCUUACAUUGAUUCCUGGCAAAAUAAAAAAAAAAUAAAAACAAUACAUCACAUUUGAUGUGUGUGACAGAAUUCUCAGAGCAUAAGAGAACAGAUGAGGAGUUUCCUGCCUUCCUUUGUUCUUUCUUGCCUGCUGGGACCUACAUGGCAGUAGCAUUUCCCAUGAAAGUGUUAGAGCACUUAACCACAACAGUGAAACAGCCUCUCUUGGAAAAUGUUAACAAUCCAUGGAAAUUUCACCGUAAUUCUACUGAUCAAAGCACCACCUUCUCUUCUCAUCCACCAGCUUACUAAUAAGCCUUUCUUUAACACUUGAUUUGUUUUCAGUCAUUUGAGAUCGUUCUGUUUUAUUUCUCAACCUCACUAGUUCCAGUCAGCUUGCCUCAUUUCACUGAAGUUUGUGCAGUCCCCAAUUAGUCAAAAUAUUGGGGUAAAUAAACAUCCUAAACAUAACUGCACCUCCACAGUCCCAGUCAACCUACCCAAUGAUAAGGAAGAAUGGGAGGUGGAGUCCAGUAACAUCUGGAAGGCCACAUGUUCCCACCUGUUACAAAACUAUGUUGAGCCUACUCUGAGGCCAACAAAACAGAUUUUUCUUUUGCAGGGUUGAAGUCUAUUUCCGCCUGAUCUUCAUAAGAUAAAUAAUAGAUAUACAAAUCAAUAAAUCUAGUUCAGGUUUAAGCACGAGUCCUGGCUCUCCCGGCAAUCUUUAGAUGAAGUAUCAGUCUUGUAUAAUUGGGUUGCUGUGAGUUUUCAGGGAUGUACAGCCAUGUACCAAAAGCAUUCUCUCCUGAUGUUUCCCCCACAUCUAUGGCAGGCAUCCUCAGAAGUUGAGGGGUGUGUUGGAAACUAGGCAAGUGAGGUUUAUAUAUCUGUGGAAUGUCCAGGGUGAAAGAAAGAACUCUUGUCUGCUUGAGGCAAGUGUGAAUGUUGCAAAUGGCCACCUUGAUUAGCAUUUAAUGGCCUUGCAGCUUCAAAGCCUGGAUGGUUGCAGUCUUGGGGAAAUCCUUUGUUGGGAUGUGUUAGCUGGCCCUGAUUUAUUCAUGUCUGGAAUUCCCCUGCUUUUUGUGUCAUGCUCUUUAUUUACUGUCCUAAUUUUAGAGCUUUUUGAAUACUGGUGGCUGGAUUUUGUUCAUUUUCAUGGUCUCCUCCUUUCUGUUGAAAUUGUCCACAUGCUUGUGGACAUAAAUGGCUUCUCUGUGUAGUCUGACAUGGUAGUUGUUAGAAUGGUCCAGCAUUUCUGUGUUCUCAGAUAAUAUGCUGUGUCCAGGUUGGUUCAUCAGGUGCUUUGCUAUGGCUGACUUCUCAGGUUGAACUGAGAAUUGUAUAAUGUUUUAACUAACAGACAUACAUUUUUCUGUAUGUUUUCAAAUGUAUUUCCCACUAUCAUCUCCCCCUUUUAAAAAAUCUCAAGCUCUUUGAAACUAUUCUGGAGAGGUGAUGGGGAGGUGGUUUUUUAUCACUACCGUACCAUUCAGUUCAUACUAUGGCAUGGUAUCUUCUGCAAAUGCACUGACUCCUGUUCUUAAACCUGGAAUGAGAAAUGAGUUGUGGUGAAUGUGCUCCCUGAGCAGAUCCAUUGCUCAAAAAUGUAAUGUCUAUAAAGGCUUGGAAAGGGGUGCAUAAUCAAUUUCUGCACUGCCCAUAAUCCAGAUUAUUUCUGGUCUGACUCUUCUGUUUAGAAGUGUAUGUUUCUGAGUCAGAAGAAGUGGGCAUGCAUUUACAUGAAAUGCACAAACAGUUUUACUCAUUGAAACAGAGUUCUUCUUGAUACUGAGCAUCUCAGUUGGAUUCUUGCUCGUACAUGUGGAAGCCGAGAGAAUGCCAGUGUUUUAAAUAUGUAAAGAACGCUUUCUUUCCCUUUAUUAUGGCUCUGAACUGCAUUGUCUUUUCUGUGUGCUGCUCUUGCAGCAGACAGAUUUCUCAUGAAAUAGAUUGCUGACAAAGUAAAAGUCUCAAACAAUCGUUCCAACAAACAUGCCUGGGAUAGGCAGCCAAAGACAAUGAGAAAUGUCCCAGAAGCUCUUGGGACAGAGCACAGAUAAUGGCCCCAUUUCCCAAAUCCUGCUUGGCUCUGCAGAUCUCCACGGAUGCGGCCAGCAGCAGAGGCAACUCAUUUAUAGGCAUUCUGCAGUCCAACAUGCCCUUACCAAGGCGCAGAGCUUCCUUUUUGGGGCAACACCCUUCUACUUCCACAGCAGACGGCUCCUGGGCCACCAGCCAUAGGGUUAGUGGUGGUGGAGGAGGAAGUCUCACCAGGCCAUCAGGUGUUUAUGUGGGUGUUGUACCUACAGGAGGUGUGAGCAGUCUGGGUACCCGAGUGUCUCGCAGAGCUCUGGGUAUCAGCAGUGUCUUUUUACAAGGCCUCCGUAGUUCUUGUUCAACUAUACCGUUACCUCAAGGGCUGGAAAGGGGACGAGGCCUGUCCUAUGAGAACCUAAAUGAGAGCUUAGUGGACUACAUCGAAAAGGUGAGAACUUUAGAGCAGGUCAACCAGGAACUUGAGGACCGAAUCCGAGUUUUCCUGACCAAGAAAUCUUCUCGAGCCACUCACUGGGCAGCCCUGAGAGAGAACUGGGAGACCAUCAGUCACCAAGUGGGGGAUGAAGUCCUGGAAAAUGCUCGGCUAAUGUUACAAACAGAGAAUAUUCAAGCCUAUGCUGAAGACAUUAAAGACAGAUAUGAAAAUGAACAGCCAUUCCGAAAGGCAGUGGAAGAUGAAAUUAACUCUCUCUAUAAAGUGAUUGAUGAUGCUAACUUAACCAAAGUGGACCUGGAGAGCCAGAUCGAAAGUACGAAAGAAGAAUUAUCUUUAAUGUCAAAGAACCAUGAAGAGGAUGUCAAGAUGCUUUACAAGCAACUAGCUGUCUCACCGCUGGAAGAAUUAGAGGCUCCCGUUGGAAUAAGCCUGGAUGACAUCCUGGAGAAAAUCCGGAUUCACUGGGAACAGGAUAUUGAACGGAACCGUGCUGAGAUUACUGUCUUGCUCCACACUAAGCAAUCCACAGAAACAGUACCAACUGUGCGAACGCAGGAAGAGGAACUGGCUGAAACCCUGAGGGCAGAAUUUCAUGAAACGGCUUGCAAAAUACAAAGUAUGCAAGCAGAGAUUGAAUCCUUGAGAACUCUGAAGAGAGGUUUGGAGAACUCCCUUUAUGAUGCCAAACACUGGCAUGACAUAGAGCUUCAGAAUUUAGGCUCUGUCAUUACCAAGCUGGAAGUCGAAGUAGGAGAAAUCCGAGCGGAGACUGAACAGCAGCAAAGGGAUCGUGACGCUCUACUGAUAAUUAAAACACAGCUCGAGAAAGACAUUGCUGCAUAUCACUGCCUCCUAGACAAAGAAGAAAGCAGCUGAUUUACACAUCCUUUGUCUUCAGAAGACAAUUGUUGCCAUUCAGAGCAAAAGAUGAUCUCACUGGCAAAAGUAUCCUUGGAAACAUUGGCAGCCAACACAGAGCACUUGAUUCAUCUACCUACAUAGGCCAUUGCUUGACCUAGGCACCACCAGAUAUUAUUGCUUUGCAUAUAAGUUUCAAUGCAUCCAUCAUUAUUAUAGAAUAAAGUUUAAGUUUCAAUUA